CCGCAGCUGAGCAACCCGCGCCUUUGCCAGGACGUUCCCCGCAGCCCGGGGCGGGCUGAGGCGGGGACUGGGGACAUCCCCUCCCCUUCCCCACGCAGGUUCCGCCCCGCCGCCCGGCUCCGCCAUCGCGAGCUCCGGGCCAUUAACAAGAUCCCUGGGAUAUACUCUGAGCACGUAGCUUUCCAGAGAAGUCGCUUGGGAGCGCUCUAUUUUGGGCAUGUUCUCGGAGUUGAAGUUCCCUGUGCCCUGGGGCCACAUGGCAGCCAAGGCCUGGGGACCCUUGGAGGGACACCCCGUGCUGUGCUUGCAUGGCUGGCUGGACAAUGCCAACACCUUUGACAAGCUCAUUCCACUGCUCCCCAAAGAUUGCUAUUAUGUGGCAAUGGAUUUUUCUGGCCAUGGCUUGUCAUCCCACCGACCUGCAGGCUCUGCCUACCACCUUCUUGAUUAUGUGAGCGAUGUGUGCCGAGUGGCAGCAGCCUUGCAGUGGAGACGGUUCACCCUGAUGGGUCACAGUAUGGGUGGGGCUGUGGCAGGAAUGUUCUGUUUCCUUUAUCCUGAGAUGGUGGACAAGCUGAUCCUGCUGGAAAGUCUUGGCUUUCUUCUAGCUCCAGAGGACACUGAGGCAUGGCUGAAAUCAAAACGGGUGGUGAUUGACAGAUUACUGAGUCUAGAGGCAAAGCAGCAAGCUCCCAAAGCACGUAGCCCUGAGGCAGCAUUGCAGAGGCUCUUAGAAGCAAACAGACAUCUGACAGCAGAGGGUGGGGCGAUCCUACUGCAGCGAGGAGCAACCGAGACACCCGCUGGGCUGGUGUAUAAUAGAGACAUGAGAGUCCAUACGAAUCGAGAGUCCUUAACCGUGGAGCAGUGUGUGAAGCUCCUGCAGAAGAUUCAGGACCGCGUUCUCAUCAUUGUAGCACAAGAUGGACUCUUGAUACCGCACAAGCUAGACAGCAGAAAUCACUUUGUGAAAGCACUACGGAAGGCAUUUGAGUCUACCCUCAAAGAGCACAUCCAGAUAGCUGAGGUGCCUGGGAGUCAUUUUGUGCACCUGAACGAACCCAAGGCAGUGUCUGGGAUCAUCAGCAACUUCCUGAUGGUGCAGAAUGCCAGAGCCAGGCUCUAGAAGGGUCACUGCUGCAGCACUCUAGGAGACAAGGGAACUAAAAGGCAGGCUCUGAAGGAAUUGUCACCAUUCCUACCUCACCAUCCAACAUCAGUUUCAUGAUACCCUUCCCUAAGCUCAGCUUAUUGCAGGGUGGAAGCAGGUCUGCUGGAGUUUCCCUGGAGGAGAGCAGAACAUAAUGUCUCAGUUGUCAAAGGGAAAAGGAAUCAUUCUUCCAGCUCUGUUCAGUACAGGGAUAGAUGCCCAGAGUGACCUUCCCCUUGCUUAUUCCUAGCUUGCUCCCUGAAACAGAGCAGGAAUGACGCAUCCUCUGUGGGAGCAGCACCACCAGCUGUACCACUGCAAGAGGCAGGUGGCUCAUCUCACCUCCUCCCCGAGGAUGGUCUCCUUGUCAUGCUAUGUUGGUCUGCUCCCGACUGAAAAAAACAGCAGUGUUCUGCUUCUCUGUUUACUUCCUGAGCUCAGAGGGCCUCGGUGUCUCUGUUCCACUGUGACAGCUGCUGCUUGUUUAAAAGUCAGCUUUUAACAAAGAGCUCACCUGGGCUCAGAAGGCCAUUUUAAUGAACUCCUAGGGAAUGAGUCACUAAUCCUGUAGCUGAAGCAACUACAACUGCUA